AUGAGGGGUAGGCCUUUGGUGCCGGGCAAGUACGGGGGUCUUCGCCGGAAACGGAAAAUUAGAGGAAGGAGGAAUAGGAGUGGUGUCAUGGAUUGUAAGGGCUGCAAGGAUUGCAGAAGAGAAUCCAUAUUGUGCGGAAUCGAAUUCGAAUGGCCGCAGCCGCGGCUUGCAGACGGGUCAGCCCAACUGGGGACCGGGUCGGGGAUCGGAUUAUCCGGUUUCGGAGGGGCCGGUGGUGCCUCGAAAGCGGUGUCUCCGUCGUUGGAGUACAGGUAUUUGGAUUGCAGGCUGACUUCUCAACUGGUCAAAUCAAAUGGAAGGCGGUUGUUUGUCGUCGAUACAUUAGCGUUGCGUCAGCCCACGUCACAUUCCCUUCGGGCUCUCGGGCUGGCAAUCCCUGCCGGGCCUGUCGCUCGGGCCUGGCCUGUCCCUCGGGCUAGCAUACGCUGGACCUUAUCCCCGGGCCUAUUUGGCCCUGUUCCAUCGCCAGUCCACCGGGUAAUACACCACGGUGGAACUGCUCUUAGGAGAUUAGAGGGACAAGGCGUGCCCUCGAAGCACGCGGAGGCAAUAACAUCUGCCAUUACUGAAGUUUUGAAUGACAGCUUGGAAAAUGUGUCUCAUUCAUUUGUUACAAAAGGAGAGAUGCAGAAAACGGAGAUGAUCCAAGAAUCCAACUUGUCCAAAUUCAAAUCCGAAAUUCAAAGUGCGCAGGGACACCAUUUUUCUUUGUUGCAACACGAGACUGAAAAACUUCGGAAUGAUAUAGAGAAGAUGCGGAGUGAAUUGAGGUAUGAAAUCGACAAAGUUACUGCAGGACAGCGGUUGGACUUGAACCUGGAAAGAGGGAGGAUACGAGAAGAGCUAUCAAAUCAGAAUGCUGAAACCAAUAACCUCACUAACAAACUUGAUGAGAUUUUAUUAAUUACCUCUUGGUUGGAUUCCCUGUUUGGUGGAGAGAUUUUAUUAAUUACCUAUUUGAUUAGGGUUUAGUUUACAGUGUCGUCA